UACGCGCCGAAAAUCCAAACCGGCAGCGUGGUCAGGUGCGCGCGCGACGGGCACUGACGACUGACCUCCUCCCACGCCUCCGCCGCCGCCCGGCCGGCCGGCCUCGAUCACACACGCGUCGCUCGCCGUCGAGCGGUCCACCGUGACGCGGAAGGAAACGACGGACCACCGAGUCCGAUUGAGAGGAGGGAGGCGAGAUGGGGGCCCUGGCGGCGUCGGUCGCGUCGCGCGUGCCGUCGGGGCUGUCGCUGGCGGCGCUGGCGAGCCCCGGCGAGAUCAUCCGGCGGGCGUCGCGGCUCGAGGAGGAGCUCAAGGAGCUGCUCCGGGUGCACGGCGGCGGCCUGGCGGGGGCGGAGCAGCAUGGCGGAGGCCGGCAGCAGACCAAGGAGCGGUUCCUGCGCGCGUACGAGCGCCUCAAGACGGAGCUGCUCAACGACCGCGCCUUCAACUUCGACUUCUCCGAGGAGACCAGGCAGUGGGUCGCCAAGGAUUUUCCGGCAUUAUGCGUUAAGUGGUAAGCAACGUUCCCGUCAACAAGGAGACGCCAAUGGUGACUUCGGGAAUCUCAAGAUCUUCCGGUCCAGUUCUUCGGAGGUGCUCAUAGGGGUAGGGUUUGUGUACGUGUAUUCAUAGGGAUGCUGGACUACAACGUACCUGGAGGUAAACUGAACCGCGGGCUCUCGGUGAUCGAUAGCUACAUGCUGCUGAGGGAAGGGACCGAGGUCGACGACGAGGACUUCUACCUCGCCUGUGUGCUCGGUUGGUGCGUCGAGUGGCUACAAGCGUCUGCGCUUGUGCUCGACGACAUCACGGACAACGCCUACACGAGGCGGGACAAUCUCUGCUGGUACAAGCUGCCAACGGUUGGCCUGUCCGCUAUAAACGACGGUGUUCUGCUGAAAUGCCAUGUCCAGGCCAUCAUCAAGAGAUACUUCAAGGACAAGUUCUAUUUCCUGGACCUUUUGGAACUCUGGAGCGAGAUUGGUCUGCAGACAGCCAUGGGGCAGAUGCUCGAUCUCAUCACAACUCACACUGGUGCCAAGGAUCUUGCGAGAUACAGAAUUCAAGGGUACCGUCGCAUAGUGAAGUAUAAGACAUCCUACUAUUCUUUCUAUCUGCCGUUCAAAAAAGGUUUGAUUCCGUUCAAGCAGGUUGCAUGUGCAUUGCUCCUGAAUGAUGCGAAACUGAGCGAUUACAUUGAGUUGAAAAACGUACUCAUCGAAAUGGGCGUAUACUUUCAGAUACAGGAUGACUACCUGGACUGCUUUGGUGACCCUGAAGUGAUUGGCAAGGUACAAAAGAACGAUCCAUCCCUUGUCCUUACAAUUGUUAUGUUGAUGGCUUCAGUCCGACCUAUCGAUCUGGUUGGAACAGACAUAGAAGACUACAAGUGUUCGUGGCUAAUAGUCCAGGCUAUGGAACUGGCUAAUGAGAAUGAGAUGAAAAUAUUAUAUGAGAACUAUGGCAAGUCUGAUCCACAAUGUGUUGCGGCAGUGAAGAAUGUUUACAAAGAGCUUGAUCUUCAGGACAUAUUUUUGGAGUACGAGUCAAGAGUAUACAAGCACCAGGUUUCGACCAUUGACGCCGAGGCAGACCGUGCAAUUCGGGAGAUUCUGAAGAUCUUCUUGAAGAAGAUUUACAGGAGGAAGAAGUAGACACCUUUUUCUACUGUUAUAUACUUCUUAACUAAGAGGUCAACCUGAAGAACAUCUCGAGGGGGUUGGGGAUGGUGAUGAACAGCACCUUCAUAUAGCAUAUUAACAUGUAAUAUCUGUACUGCUCCUGCCAAAUCGAAGGACUAGUAUGCGUAAGAUCUGAAGGAGAUACGAGUUAAUGUAAAUAGUACAAGAAGUAUAUAUAAGUGCAGUAAAAAGAUCUCCAUGCUA